GAAAAGUUUGGUGGUUGUAAGCAGGGGUGACAUGAGAGUAUUUGGUGUCAAAUGGGAGGAUUCAGGAGAUAUGAUUUGGUGGAAAAGGAUAACAAUAUGUUACCCCUAAUGCGACAAGCCGAAAGGAAAAUAUUUAUUAACACACUGUCCCAUUAAAAAAAAAUAAAAAAUGUUCUCCCCGUGCCUGUGUGGGUUUCCUCCCACAUCCCAAAAACAUGCAAUAAUUGGACACUCUAAAUUGCCCCUAGGUGUGAUUGUGAGUGCGGCCUUUUGUCGCCAUGUGCCCUGCGAUCAGCCGGAAACCAGUUCAGGGUGUACCCUACCCCCUACCCGUUGACAGCUGGGAUAGGCUCCAGCACUCCCUGUCACCCUUGUGAGGAUAAGUGGCUAAGAAAAUGGAUGGAUGACCUAUUGCACAGGUGUCAAACUCAAGGCCCGGGGUCCAGAUCCGGCCUGCCACAUGAUUUUAUGUGGCCCGCAAAGGCAAAUCAUCGGUGUCAAAAUCCAGGAUUCUUGUGAAAAUAUGUCCCAAUAUUUCAAAUUUUCAUACAUCGUAAAUGAUAAUGUUGAGAUAUUAUCCGCAUUUUUGUGUUACCAAACAUAAACAAUGGUUGUAAAACCCAUCACCCUCGGUUUCGGAUUCCCAAACUAUUUCAUACAUUUCAUGUGUGAAUAUGAGGAGGCAAUUCAGGAUUUCUAUAGAUUUCCCCAUAACGGCCCUCUGAGGGAAAUCGUAACUACAAUGUGGCCCGUUACAAAAAUGAGUUUGACACCCCUGCCCUAUUGGAUUUCUUUAUUUCAUAAUAUAUAAUCAACCAUAGAAUAAUUAUACAUAAUGUUAUGUGUGUGUAUUUUUAUUCUUUAUCUCCCUUUCACACUUUGAUGUUAUUAUGAUGCGGAUCUUUUGUGAUGCGGAAUUCUGGAAUGUUCCAAGGAGUGCCUAUAUAAGGACGAGAAGGACCGUCAACGGAGCUUCUUAUCACUGCUCUUCGGACAAGUAUACAAGUACAUGCCGCAUUGCAUUAUGCCUUUCGUCCUCGGACAUUUCUGGAACGUUUGUUGACUUGGAAUAUUCGGACAGAUAAUUUCAGUCAGGAAAUGACAAGCUUUGAGCCAGCAGGGGGGGGUUGUGUGCACAUGAAGAUGAAAUUUAAGAGAUUUUUUUUUUUUUUUUAAACCAAUUGGGCAGAAAUCUUAAUGAGGCUUUAUCUGGUGCAUUUAGCCUACCCUUCCUGUUACUUUAUAUUCACCCGGGCAUGUUUUUGUGUUUUUAUUACAUUUGAAGGAUGAUAGGAACCAGCAUGGUGCAGGGCCAAACCCCAAAAUGUGGUUACAGCGUUCAUAUUCUCAGUAUACAGUGGGAGCAGUCCUUGGUCUGGUCUUCUAGAAUAAAAAUAGGUAUUGUACCAAGUUAACCCACCUCUGGCAAGUGAAUAGUACAUCGCGCCCUUGCAGAUAACAAAUGAAUCAAUCUUCACUUCCUCUGUACACCAGUUGCCUAAACAAAUCUCUUGGUUCACUUCAGCCCCUCCCUGGAACAAAUGGCACUUCAGUUCCUUAGUACAGCUGUUGACUGAAGGAAUCACUCAGUUCACUUAAGUCCCUCCCCAAGCCUGAUGCUGGCCACUCAUUGGCCAUUCGCCGAAGUCCUCAAGGCCUGGACGACGGCAGGUCGGGGAGCAAGUUCUGCCGCAUGCUGCGUGACGUAACCCUGCCCAUUGUGCGAUUGCCACAAGGUGCCACAUCCCUCCCGCCCCCAGCAGAGCCGCGAUCCUUCCAGCCGGGCAGGUCCAAUGUGCGGCGAUGGCCUUCCACACAUCCAAGAUUUUUACUUGGCUGUUUUUCAUCUUCGUUGGGACUGUCUUUUUUGUUCUAUAUCAAGAAAAUCUAACAGUCAACAUCAACUGGACCACAUUCUCAAGGAACUUUGAGACUGUCGUCACAAAAUGGAAUCGUGAGCAAGCAGCCCCCGGACCGAUCGCCUUAAACGCUACAGCACCCGCCAAGUGGGUAACCUCAAUGCCCGUCACGGAGUUUGAAGGCGAGAGAGAAAACGUGUCCACCCGCGGCGUCGUCGUCGUCGUCCCCGUCCCCGUCCCCGAGACCCCCAUGCCCAUCCUCCUGAAAAAAGACUUCUCCAAACUUCCCGUCUGGGACUUUGAGGAUGUGUACAAUCAGGAUGCUGCACCUCCAAACGGCAGUUGCCGGGAAUCGCUGCGGAAUUCCAAGGAGAAGAGUUUCAUGGAGGCUUUCCUUCCAAAUAUACGUUUGUUCCUCCAUAAGAGCAACAUUAACAUGAGCGAGUGGAACAGGCUCUCCCAUUUCAACAAUCCUUUUGGCUUCAUGGGAUUCUCUUACAACGAUGUAAUCUCCUCAGUCAAGUUGAUCCCAGAACCAAAGGAGCCCCUCCUGUCUCCAAAGCCAGGCGGCGAUGGUUGCAUUCGUUGUGCCGUUGUGGGUACCGCCGGCAUCCUGAACGGCUCCAAAAUGGGGAAAGAAAUUGACGCGCACGAUUAUGUCUUCAGGAUGAACGGCGCCGUCAUCAAGGGUUACGAGGAGGACGUGGGGAACAAGACGUCCGUCUACGUCCACACGGCGCACUCCAUCACCAUGUCUCUAUAUCUCUUCAAGAAAUACGGCUACAAGUCGGCCCCCCACGACGAGGGCAUCAAGUAUGUGAUGAUUCCAGAGGGCAUGCGGGACUUCCAGUGGCUCCAAGGACUCCUCAGGGGCGAAAGGGUGUCGCUUGGCUCCUACAAAAACAAACGGCCCCGGACGUAUUACACGGGGCAGUACAACGAGAGCCGCUUUUACGUCCUGCACCAGGACUUUCUGCGAUAUGUGCGAAACAGGUUCUUGAAGUCCCCCCACCUGAACGGACGAUACUGGACAAUAGUCCGACCGACGAAUGGUGCUUUUACAAUCUUCCUAGCUCUCCACACAUGUGAUAGAGUCGACGUGUACGGCUUCAUGACGAGAGACUACGCUAAGUACUCCAACUACUAUUUCGAGAAGCACGACAAGAGUCGCGUGAUUUUUUAUGCCAAUCAUGACUACAUUCUGGAAAUGAAAACCUGGGAGAAGCUUCACAAUGACAAAAUCCUGCGGCUGUACCAAAGAAAUGAAAAGGAACCCCCGCCAACAAAAACGUAACAGGGGAACACUGUCCGUUUUCUUUUUUGUUGCAAUGAUGCAGUGUAUCCACACUCCUAAAGACGUUUGAAGGAUGCUUUUUAGCACUAUUUAUGUUGACUAUAUUUUGACUCUUGACGCUAAUACUGAGUUCUGGUGCCGCUCGUAGUUUUGAUGGAUGAAAUUUCAAUGAACACACUGAAAGCUAAUUGUGAAGAAAUAUUUUUUUUUGGACUGAAACUGCAGUGAUGCAGUUACCGUAAUUUCUGGCCUAGAAGCCAUUACUUUUUUCACACGCUUUCAACCCUGCGGUUUAUGCGGUGAUGUGGCUAAUUUGUGCAUUUUUUUCUAACGGCCGCAAGGAGGGCACUCGAGCGGUGGAAUAUAUGUACCGAGGAAGUAACUUUUACCGGAACGGCCCUGUUAGCGCUGCGCUAGCGUGGUACUGCCAUGUCUCAGUGAUUUUUACUGGUAUGUUUUUUUUUUUUUUUUAAACGACCCUGUUAGUGCGGCGUUAGGGUUAGCACGGCGCCGCCAGCGUUAAACUCUCUGUGUACCGUCUUUCUAUGUUAAUAUCUCGUGUUUCAAUGCGGGUUUUAAUGUGGGCACUUGCGGCUUUUUUACAGCUGCAGUGUAUGUAUGUACCAAAUGGUGUUUCCUUUACAAAUGUACUGGGUGAGGCUUAUAACGUGCGCUCUGUUGGCCGGGAAUUAUGGUACUGUUGUUGUCAGAUUUAAAGUCAGAUUAAUUUAUUUAUUUUUGUACGCAAGUAUAGGCAAACUUCAUAAGUACCCGAUAUCUUGGAUGAAGACUGAUUUCAGCUUAUACUGUUACCGCCCAUCACCCAACCCUCAUCUGUUCUCUUCACUUCACUUUUUUUUCAUCCACACUGCAUGUUAGAUGUUUUUUUUUCCCGUCCAAUCAGAUCAGCCUCAAUGCGGUGACAUGUAAAUCUCCAGUUCUCUGCAAUGGGCCUUCAGAAUCAAUAUUGCUUAUUGAUGUAUCUUAAACUAUAUUAGCAACUGGAGUGUUUCUUCAAUCGUUACCGAUGUACGCAUUUUGAUAUCCUUUGAUUGGCGUGUCAGAGCAAAAAUGUUACUGCUCGGUUCAUAUACCAAAACAACAUCUGUGGUGAUUUGCACACAUUGAUAUAUCUAUUUAUCAUUUAUUUAUCUUCGGUGACUAUGCUCAUUGUCCGGCUGAAAACUUGUACAUCUACAUAUGAUUCAUUCUUUUUUUUUUCACAAAUCAAUACUAUUGGUCUCUCCCAACACCAUUUUUUUUUACAUAUGAUUAAUCAAUUUGAAGAGUUGAAAAUAAGUUGAGAACAAAUCUAUUAACCCUCUCGGAUGCUCAAGUGUCCUGAGAAGUGUUGUAAAUUUCCACUUCUUCCCUCAUUCUGCUGGAGCAUCCAGCCUGAAACGCUGGGUGGUUUUUUCUCCGUUAAUUUUUUUUUUUUUUUUACACACGAUGCUGGUGUUUUUGCGGUUGGGGUCACUGCACGGGGAAACAUUAUCGCGGUCGGGCACGGUGUUGAAGCUCGGGUGGUAAAACCGACUCACCCGAUUGCACACCUUGCCAAAGUGAAGAAUUCAGAGCUGGGCUGCGGCAUUGUCUCCCCGACAUGGGUUACUACACAACAAUAACGGGGGAAUUAGCGAUGGUGUGCUAAAUAAUCAAGUCAUGCAAUGUCUUGGAUUUCAGUCAUGACUCAGAGCUAGUUGGGAUAAAUAACAUUUGCACUGUUUGUGGGAAAUAAAUAUAUAUUAUGUACAUAAUGCAUUGAUUUUAUGAUUCCCCCAAUCAGCUUCAGUUACAUUCACUAACAACAUAGCAGCGAAGAGAGAGGAGUGAGUUUACAAGAUCACAAUCGGUGUCGCCAACUCGGCGACUUUUCCGGCACUUUUGAGCGUCAACCUUUGCAAAACUAUGAAGUAUUUUAAUCCUCCUACUAAUGUACAUGAGAAAAGUGGAUUGAGAGCGCUGCAGUGGGUCCGGCGAGACUCCAAACGGACAAGCCCAGUUUAAAGUCUCAUUUUACGACCUUAAAUAGUUUACUAUUUAAAAUGUUUAUUCGUGAUUGUGUUUGGGUACAUGUUUUGAAUAAAGGAAAUUUAUUUUUCCAAGAGGAAGCACUUUCAACAUUAUCUGUAAAGGAAAAAAAAUAUAUAGUGUAUUUCUGUUUAUGUAUGUUAAUGCUUGAAUAUUUGUGUUUCAAAGCUUGUUUGGUACCAAGGGGAAAAGGCAGAUCUCCAUAAAGAGGAG